AAAAUAAAGGGGACAGAAAACCCCAUGACUCAAUUAUUUCUCUGCUUCUUCAAAACCCCACCACCACUUCAUAUCCCUAAACCCAAAGCACAUAAAUCUCACCUCCAUUCUCUCUCUAAGUAAACAAACCACCACAUCAAUUUUCACACUGCCACAAUGCCAACACUCUUCAUUCUUCUCCUCCUCCUCCUCUCCCCGCCGCCACCCGCCUUCUCGGCCACCAUCACCACCACCUCCGCCGGCCAUGCAAUCCCAUUCCCCCACUACGAGCACCUCAACAUCAAACAAUCCAUCGCCGCCGCCACCAAGCUCCGCCCCUCCUCCGCCUUCCCCGACACCAAAACCGCCGUCAAAAACGACACCGGCGUGAAACUCCACCUCCUCCACCGCGACAAGCUGCCCUUCUCCUGGCAGAAGGAGCACCGCCGCCGCUUCGAAGCCCGCAUGAAGCGCGACGCCCGGCGUGUGGCCAGCCUGCUCCGCCGCACCUCCGGCGCCUACGAGGUGGCCGACUUCGGCGCGGAGGUGGUCUCCGGCAUGGACCAAGGCAGCGGCGAGUACUUCGUGAGGAUCGGCGUGGGAAGCCCGGCCCGGAGCCAGUACAUGGUGAUCGACUCCGGCAGCGACAUCGUCUGGGUUCAAUGCCAGCCAUGCACCCAAUGCUACCACCAAUCCGACCCGGUCUUCGACCCGGCCGACUCCGCCUCCUUCUCGGGCGUCUCAUGCAGCUCCUCCGUCUGCGAUCGGGUCGAGAAUUCGGGCUGCCAUGCGGGUCGGUGCAAGUACGAGGUUUCGUACGGAGACGGGUCGUAUACCAAGGGUACCCUCGCCUUGGAAACGCUCACGGUUGGCCACACCACCGUCCAAAACGUCGCAAUCGGGUGCGGGCAUAUGAACCGGGGCAUGUUCGUCGGGGCGGCCGGGUUGUUGGGUUUGGGCGGGGGAUCCAUGUCCCUCGUGGGCCAGCUUGGCGGGCAGACGGGUCAGGCUUUUAGCUACUGUUUAGUCAGCCGGGGCACGGCCUCCUACGGGUCGCUCGAAUUCGGGCGCUCCGUAAUGCCCGUGGGGGCCGCGUGGGUUCCACUGCUCCAAAACCUCCGCGCCCCGAGUUUUUACUACAUCGGGCUCUCGGGCCUUGGAGUCGGGGGAACCCGGGUGCCCGUAUCCGAAGACACCUUCAAGCUCUCCGAGUCGGGCGAUGGCGGGGUGGUCAUGGACACGGGCACCGCCGUCACAAGGCUGCCCGCAGCCGCCUACGUGGCAUUUCGGGACGCCUUCUUGGCGGAGACGGCGAACCUGCCUCGGGCCGGCGAGGUAUCCAUAUUCGAUACUUGUUAUGACUUAAACGGGUUCGUGACGGUUCGGGUCCCGACUGUUUCGUUCUUCUUGUCGGGCGGGCCGAUCCUGACCCUGCCGGCCCGGAACUUUCUAAUUCCGGUGGACGAAAGGGGCACAUUCUGCUUCGCAUUCGCGCCGUCGCCUUCGGAUCUUUCUAUAAUAGGAAAUAUUCAGCAAGAAGGCAUCCAAAUCUCUUUUAAUGCGGCGAAUGGAUAUGUCGGGUUCGGGCCCAACGUUUGCUGAGGACCCGAAUAGAAUUUUGGGUGUCUAAAUUGUAAAAUACUUUAUUGUUUCUUUAUUUAAAUUUUGUUCAUUAGCUAGUAUAGAGUGAUUAUAUAUAAUUACUUUCAUGAGAUGGGAAAAGGUUUGAUUUUCUGCUCGUGGAGGAGUGAGAUAUGUAAUAAAAGAUUAUUAUGUUUGGUGAUCA